GAUUGGGAACGGGUGUGUCUGCAGGUGUCAGCUAAUGAUCUCUGAAUAAGAAGUGCCACCAAAACAAAGCCGAAAUAAUGGCGCUAUUGGUUAGGUGUUGGGCGCCGUGCUUUCGGCUUAACUCGGGUUUCGCUACUCUGAGGAAUGGAUCCAUCAUAAUAGCACUUUACUGUGCAUUUCUUCAUAUUUUAAUCUUAUUUUAUUCGUUAUACAUACUGAUGGGCGGACAGAGCGAUACAUUUUAUUCACCACUAUUUGAGUUCAACCGCUACGGCAUGAAUGUGGCCUCCAUUUUGCUCGUCAUCUUCAGUAUAUCAUACAUAUUCUUCUGUUGCUUUGGUCUGAUUCACGGCAUUAAGACAGAAACCCGAUUUUAUUACCUGCCAUUCCUCUACAUCACAUUACUCGAGAUACUACUUGUGGUCUCAUUUGCCAUAUUUAUGGUCUAUCGUUACUAUCAUAAUGAAUGGGCAACAUUUGCAGCACUCAUAAUGUGGUCAUUCUCUGGAUAUCACUUUUAUCUAUAUCUUGUGGUCACUUCUCUAUACUAUGAAGUAAAAAAUUUACAAAAACCGACAUUUAUUGUAUUGUAUCCAUAAGUCAAUGUCCAUACAAUCAAUCA